GUUGGCACUGAUGAUCCAGGAUGCUUUGGGGCAGACGGGGGGGAGAGGGGCAGAGAGAGCGAGGCAGAGGUAGAGAGGGUGAACUUCUAUCGGAAGGAGGACGAAGGAACCGCAGAUCCUUUCCCUCCUUGCGUUUCACCUUCAGGAAAAAAAAAACAAAACUAAGGAUAUGAAAAGAACAUGAAAGAAAGAAAUCGUCAUUAAACGCACUACGAAGUUCUCUCUUUCCCUCUCUUCCUCCAUCUCGCACCUCUCCCAAUUUAAUCUUAAAUCCACUCCAAUUUCCCCCGAGGGUCUCAAUUCUCUCUUUUCCUCGAGAGACAGAAGGAGAGGAGUCCAUUCCUCCUGGUAGGGUGACACCAGGAAUUUCCUCUUUCUCUCUGCUCCACUUCCUCUCUCUCGUGCCCCCAGCGUCUCCCCCCUCCACCAUGACACUGCUGGCCUCCGAGAGGUCGCUUCUCAUCCGGAACAAGUUCCGCUCAGUCCUGCAGCUGAGGAUUCAGAACCGAAGGCUGAGUGAAAUCAAUGCAGACUCAGGGCUGAAAUCCACGUGUCCGCCUCAAAAAGCUGAGAAAGACCAGAGUGAAGCUCUGCGUCUAACUGAUGACGGUGCCACUCAGAAGUUGCCUCCUGGUGGUCUGAACGCUGAAACUGCACAAGAGCGGACUGCGUGUGGGGCCCACAGGCAGAAGAAAGCUCGCCAGGCGCAGGACCUCACUGAGAGGAUCCAGCGCCCGCCUGGACCUGUGGAGCAGCAGCUCGAACGCACGCCGCCCCUGGAGAACGGUCCUGCCUCCCUCCCUCUGACUGCUGAUGUCUUCGAAGAUGACAUCUCCUCCUCAUCCUCACCCACGGAGCAGCACAGCACUCACCAAUCACCAGCUUUUUCUUCAUUGCCGAGGCUCUCAGGUGACCAAUUACUGAGCGACUGCUCGGCUCUGGUCCCGACCCUUAACCACGGUCCCUGUCAUGCUCAGCCUGGUUUGGCAGUGCUCCCGGGAACCGAGGGCAUCAGACAACCUAUGAGCGUAAAGCUGAGUGACUCAAACUCCAUGGCAACGACUGGGAGGCCGACUGGGAUGUAUCUGACCUCUCAGACCACACCCCUGCUGCCAAAGACAGCUCGGCCUCCCAACAACCCCUGCACCUCAACUCUGCCUCACUCCCUUAACUUCACCCAUCUCCCCCGCCCACGGAAACCGCGGGACACCAAGCCCAAAAUGAGGAAACUCAAAUAUCAUCAGUACAUUCCUCCAGACCAGAGAGGAGGGGCUGGGACAGGAGGGGUGGGAGCCAAACAGAAGAGCCCUAACCCUACCCAGUCUUUAGACCCAGCCUAUUCUGAUCUUCUGAAACAGCAGCAGGUCUUCCUUCAGCUUCAAAUCCUCCAGAACCAGCAGCAGCAGCAGCAACAACAACCACAAGAACAGAUCACUGUUGUACCCAGUGGGGAAUCUGGUGAUCUGAAGUCUUCGGGAGCCAUACCACAGAAUCCCCAACCUGUUCCUGCCACAACCAACCACACCCCUACGGACACAAACCCUCCAUCAAAGCCUGAGCUUCUCCCUGCUAAUCUGGUUGAUUUAACAGUGUCAGAGUUACGGCAGCAGCUGCGUAAGCGCGGCCUUCCUGUCUCCGGCACAAAGCCUGCCCUAUUGCAGCGUCUUCGUCCUUUCCAGCUUCCCAGUGCUUGCCUCACCCCGGCUCCCCUCUGUCAGCUGGGUACCAGCCCGGAGCCACUCACCCCCUGCCCCUCAUUGCCAUCCAGCCAGAGCCCUGGCUCCAGCUCCAGCUCUGGGCUAGACUCGCCCAGCAGCAGCCCGAACCAGCAGCUUUAUAUCCAGGAUAGGGCAAUUCCUAAUGGGAUUCUCAGCAGCGCUCCAAAUAGAGUUCCAAAUGGAAUUCUAAACACUGUCCCAAAUGGUUUCACAAAUGCUGCAUCAGUCAGUUUGGCGGGGGAACCGUGCAGUCUCACCAACACGGUCUUCUUAGCUCCUGCCAGCACUGCCUCGGGAACUCCAAGUCCCAGUCUUCCCAUGUCAUCCUCCUCACCCCUACAGUGUGGGACUCCCUGGAGAACUGAGAAGGAGCAGCAGCAACAGCAGCAGGAGCUGAGUGUGGAGCUAGAGAUGAGGGAGAGAAUAAGGAGCAGGCCCAGAGACCGCUCCACAUGUUCUGGCAAUGAGUCUUGUGGAGGAUCCCUCCAUCCGUUCCUGCAACAGGAUCCGGGAUGCUCUAAAGGGAAGCAAGAAACAGAUGCACACGCAGAGGUGUUGUUUACACAGGUGUUUUGCUGCCAGCCCUGUGAUGCAAUUGGCAAUGACUUUGAACUGCCAGUGCAGAUUACAGCAAGUCCUAUUCAGACCUUACCCUCUGUUCGCAGCUUGGAGGAAGAGCUACAGGAGGCUAUCCAGAAAGCACAGAUGGACCCUCGGCAGUCCAUUGAUGACAUUCUAGAUGAGCCUAUUACUUCUGUCGACUCCGUCAAUGUGUCUGACCAUAAAUCUCCUGCCCACUCAGCCCGUUCUCCUUCCCCUCUUCAAAAUGAUCAGUCCCAGGCUUCCCAGCAGCACCACAAGGACGACAACUCCCUGCUUUCACCUCUUUGCUCCUCUCUCUUGUUGGAGCUUCCUCCAUCACCUGCUGUAAUAAACCCGAGCCAGGUAGUCCCACUUCCUCCUCCACCGCCCAUCUGUACCUCCCCAUUGCCAUCCACCAGGAGGUCACGGAAACGACGGGCUCCAACACCGUUCGACGCUGCUGACUGGCUUGAAACACUGUCAUCCGGCCUCCGCCCUCUGACCCCCCCAGCAGCUCCCUUUGUCGAGCCAGACUUGAGCCUGGAUUCAGAUCUAAAUGUCAAUCGAGUGCUGGACCUGAUGAUAGAGCAGUGGUGAGGACUUGUGAGGGGUGAUCGCUCGUUAUUUGUCAGUUCAGCUGUAAAAGUCACCGGCUCCACGCAAUGUCGAGAGCUGGAUUCAUUGCAGCGAUCGGAUACAGCAGCUUUGACGGGACAAUGAGAACACAAACACAUGUGCACACUUGCACCCUAUGCACACUCGUAGUGUUGUUUAAAAGCACUUGGGCUCAGCCAGAAAUGGCAAACAAGCCACACAUCUGUGGAUUGACACACUCCACAGCACAAUGUUUGCAGUGCAAAACAAAAGAAAACCUGGUGGCAUAUUAAUUUAAACAUGCUUCCUGGCUGUGCUGGGAGAAUGUCGUUUCUGACUUAUCUCCAAAACCCGUUGUCGGAUUGGGUUGAGUGUGGCCCCUGGUGUUGACUCAGUCAUUGAGUCCUAGCCAUUCAUAAAGCCCAUUCAGAGUGUGUAAAAGCCAGGCAGAGCGCACAGCUUGUGUGUGGCUCCAGACCUUAACCCCGAUGCCAGACACACAGUCGGCAUGCAGGGGGAGAAAGCUGGCAGAAGCCACACACAGGAAGUGUGUGUACAUGCUUGUGUGAAAGUGGGAUCUGUGUGUGUGUGUGUAUAUGUGUGCUUUCCAUAUGACUGACUGUGCGAGUGCACACAUGGCUGCUCUUGGCUGUAUGUGUCCACAUACAAUGCUUCCAGGUGUAUUUAUCAGCAUCCGAGCCAAAGCACUUGUAGUUAUUUGUUUGUUUGCGAUUAAGCGUGCCUGCUUGUGUGUGGCAUGACUGAUCUGUGAGAGGAUACAUGUGAAAAACACAGAAGAGAGGCCGCGGAUUUACAGUAAGUGUCCACUUCCUAAAGCAGACAUUUAAUUGUGGUCCCUCUGCCAGCGGGCAGUAACUCCAGUGUAGUUAUCCUGUGUAAUCAUCAGAACAACCACAUUACCUUGUUCAAGCCGCCAUCCUCCAGGAGAGCAAUCAGGAAGCCACCCCAAAAAUAGUCCCCGUACAAAUGCACCAAUCAGCCGAGUGAGACUUUCCUCAUCACUUUGCAAAAACAGGUGGUCAUUUUGUUCCCUGAUUAACCCCCAACAGUGUCUGGCCUGCUCUUCGGUGCUUAUCCUGCUACUAGCAAAAGCCAGAUUUAGCACAAUUUAUAACCCAACACCAAGGCCACACCUGUUCACUUACUGCAAAUGAAUUCCUCCAAUUUAUUGCUAAGAAUAUUAAAUGUUUGGUGCAUAUUUCAAUAUACAAAUGGACCAUUAAUAUUAAGAGAAAAUGUAUUGUAGCGUUAGCACAAAAUACUGUGUUUUAGGAAUGAAACAUAUCACGCGACCAGGUGAGCCUGUCAGUCGGAGCCAAUACGCACAUUUUCUUACGGGUGACAGUAAUUUUGGCUCAAACUUCUACACGAUUUACUGGUCGUGCAGUAGUGGGUACAUUAUUUGUUUGCAUAAUACACUUUCAGUGAGUUACGUCCAUUCUCAACCCCACUUACCAUAAUGAUAUUAAUGAAAAAAAAAUCUGACAGAGGUUAGCUGCCAUUAACCUCUGCUGUACCAGAUGAAUGCAAUUCAGAUACACGAUCCCAUCUACAUAAAUUUAUUCUAGGCCCUUAAUUGGUUGCAUGUCCCAUCAAUCACUUUGGAGAGCUCUGAUUGUCUAAUUCCUGUCUAGAGCAUUUCGAUUAUUUGAUAAAUAACCCAGAGUUCUUCUUUUAUGUUAUCAUUAUAUCUGAAAAACGCAUUUGUUCCCUUCAAUGAAAGUGAAGCAGUGAGUGCAAUUUGAUUCAUGUAGAGGGCACAGAAACUCGAACUCUAACUUCAUACUACUGUACGUUCUUGUCUUGUUGUUUCUGUGUAGGCAAUGUGUUGUUGUGGCCCGUCUUCCUGUUAUUGUGGUGAUAAAGCCAGCCACAGUGAGUUAUUGGGAUAAGAUAAUCUGUGCAUCGGCAAACCUUCAGCUCAGUGCAACAGCUUUAUGCUGAAGCAGUUCUUGUACAGCUUUCAGCACAGAGACUAUGAAAAUGCAGCUAAAUGUGGAUGGAUGGCUAUGAUAAUCAUAGCGAUCAAUAAGCAUUGCCUGCUGCAAAGAAAAAAAAAAGAAAAAGAAACGAAAAAAUAGAUUGGCAGGAGAGUAAGAUGCUACCUCCUGUGACUUCCUCCGCUUUAGGGCUGACAACAGUCUUUUCCCUGUUUCUUAUUUACUUCCGAUCGUUGGUGCAGACUUUCCUGAAACACCCCAGAGACUGUUGACUAAUUUAAUUAAGCCAAGGUUUAAUAAUUCUGUUUUAAACUGAGUUAAAAACGUUGACUGAAAGCACUGGAGUGUUUCAGGUAACUGUGGUUUAGUUGCUGCUAAAAUGCCUUAUUCUGAAAAUGUGAGACAAAACAAAAUGUUUUUGCUUGUACGUCUAUUUGUAACUUAUUUGUGCAAAUGUUUCUCUCCACAAUGUAUUUAAAAGCAUUACAAAAAUUAAAGUCUUAAUAGAUUUAC